AUGCCUAUGGUGUUGAUUGCCUUUCAAUACAUUAUUGAAUUAGUUUUCCCCAUGAGGAAUCGAACCUCACGAGCGUGGGACAAAGAAAACAUCGGAUCCCCGAAUCAGUCCGAUGAUUCCUAGAGCAUGGAAGCGCGGAAUCUGAAGGUCUAAAGUUAUUUUCGAUCUCCCUGUCAAAAUGUCCUGGAUCUGCCUUUGUUUUACUUAUUCUUUUUCUUCUGCGCAAAAACGAUCUCGAAUUUGAUAACUUAUUCACUGAAUGAGAAGCUUGAUGAUAAAAACGCGGUGUAUAUCAUUUAUACGGUAUGAUCACGUGCAAGUGAACUAACUGUCCUCCCUUAGACAUAGCGGAGGCUUUAUCUGAAGUCUCCCACCGACUUCAGCAGCUGAAUAAUUCUGUUCGGCGACGAUCACGCAAAUUUUCUGAAACUUUCCGACCCAUUUCUUAGAUGGUAUUGAUGAGAUAAGGAAUGCCUAAUUGACAUAUCGACGGAGCACAGAACAUUAAACAAUAUUGUUGUUAGCUUUAACGCCCACUUAUUUUCUUUGAGCUGCGAACCGUUAUUCAUUAAGUGCGAAAAUCGGCAAUAUAAGCAUUUAUCUAUUUACUUCAUCUUUUCUUUUUUUCAUAGAAUAACUUGUCGUUCACAUGGAAAGCUGGAAGAGGAACUCUUCAAUAUUAAUCCUUUACAUGAUCUGCUCGGCUGUUUUAUCUCCUCGAGCAUAGUGCUGGAUGCUUUAUUUGCCAAUUUUUUUCCACCAGCUUCAGCAGCUGUAAAAUUCUGUUCAGCGACGUACAAAUUCUCUUCGUGGAAAAAGAAAACUCCCCACUUAACAUAAAAAUUGUCCUGAGCCCUUCCCUUUCUUUAUAACUUCGUGAAAAGCCGUAAAAUGUAUUUGAAAACCUCCAACCAAUCAACUGAGUAACGAGCCUACUGAGUAAGUUCCAGGCUGGAUGACAACGUGAUUAAAAAUGAGUCCUUAAUAAAAAUGUCGGUGUAGAAUAUUGUCAUUUGAUUGACUGGCUUGUUUUAAUACGUGAUCAUCAUCAGUAAACAUCUGUUGCUGGGAUAUUUCUGGAGCCUUUUUCUCGUCAUUUCGUCAAUAGAAACAAUGAUAAUUUCAAUAAUAGGAGCAACUUAGAACUUUCGAAAAUUGUCGUUUUUUCUCCAAUCAUACUCUAAAUUGGAAAAGUAUCCCGAUAAUAUAACUCCGAACGAAAGCUAUUAAACUCCGACUCUGGUUAUCUGUUGGAGGAAGUUUCGGGUUUAGACUGCCGAUUUUCUCAAAUUUCUAGCCAUGUUUAAUAAUUAAGCAUGUUUUAUUUAUAUAACGGGGUAAGUUUCUAAAGAAACUGUGGUGCUGCGUCGGUGGGAGAGUAUAGCAGGUAAUUUAGUGUUAACAACUGGGUUGAAAACGUAAAUUAGCCACCGUAAAGGGUAAAAAAGCUGACGUUUCGAGCGUUAGCCCUUCGUCAGAGCGAUGGUGAAAACGUAAAUUAGCCACCGUAAAGGGUAAAAAAGCUGACGUUUCGAGCGUUAGCCCUUCGUCAGAGCGAUGAUAACACUAAAUUAUCUUUUGUUUAUAUAGAUAGAUACGACACAUAAGCUAUGUUUUUUCCGGCUUUGGUAGAAUAUAAGUGGCCUUCGUAGAGCUGCUGGCUGAAAACAAAACUGAUCUCCUGGCACCGCAAUAUGUCAGCAAACGUGACAGCAACGAUGAAUGGAACACAGUCCAUGUCGAGCUGCUUCAACCCCACAGCGACAAGAAUUGGUGAAACCUUUGCCUACUGUCUGCUAUUAGUUGUGUCGCUGGCUGGAAAUAUCCUCAUUGGAAUUAUUGUCUACAAGGAAAAAGCUCUGAGAACACCAAUCAACAUUUUGAUUGUAAACAUGGCAAUAUCCGAUCUGUUGUACUCGAUUAUCCGUUUUCCUGCACUUUUUGUAACGUUAAACACAGCCAGCCACUGGCUGCUCAGCGGUCCAUUUGGCCAAGCGUUGUGUGGACUAAAGGUUUUCGUUAAUGAUGUCUCCAUUGCUGUGUCCAUUCAGAGCCUAGUUCUGAUAGCAGUGGAUCGAUUUGUAGCUGUGGUAUUUCCUCUCCGUCCCUCACUGAUCAGUUCAAAGCGAUGCAGGCUCUUCAUUCUCGUAAUUUGGGUCGUCGCCAUGGCAGUCUGUUGCCCACAAUUGCUUGUGUGGAAAUUUGUCGAGAAUACAGAAGGGCUGGUUUGUCAGCGGUGGUUGAACAACACAUUGAGAGAGUCCUCAUGGUUUAAAAACUACACUCUGGUACUGAUCAUUGUAUUCAGCUAUGUCCCUUUGGUUUUGAUUGCCAUACUUUACUUUUCCAUUGCCGUAAGAAUUAAAUCGCAGAAGAUUCCAGGUGAGCCUUCAGUAAACGCAAGAAAACAGCGCUUGAAGAGAGAAAGAAGUGUUGUGAAGAUGUCCGUUGCCAUCGUGUUCGCUUUUGCAGUAUGCUGGCUGUCAUCCAGUAUCGUUUUCCUCUUAUCCUUGUUUUUAUCAGACAGCGCCAUGAUGUCAUCUUGUGCCUUCCAAUACUCUACACAUAUUGUCAGUUUUCUGGCUGGAUCAUACUGCGCUGUAAACCCUUGUGUCUGUUUCAUAUUCAGCGGUAAUUAUCGUCAAGGUCUUAAGAACCUCCUCGGCUGUUUCUCUACUAGUCAAGUUGCCCUGACAUAG